GGGCAAGUUUGUGAUUCUAAAUGCAAAAUUUCUCCUGCUAAUUGAGAUUGAAACCGUGAAAAGUGCGGUUUUUGCCUUCCCACAAGGAAGCGCAUAACAACGAUUGGCGUAAGGGGUGUGAAAACUGUGUAGUGUGUGUGGGUGUAGCGAGAAAGUUUAAAAUUGUAGAAAAAUUUCGAUGCUUGUGAAGAACGCACUCCCGUGAGCAACCCCACAGCCAAAGAAAUCGAUAUACAACUUUCCAUUGAAUCGUGUCCUGCGCAUGGUGGUCCUGUGUGUAGGCUGCUGUGUGAGCUUCUAUACCCUUCAAGAAAUAGAACUCCCGAAGCAGACCAUCCUGCUGGGGGGAGCUAUAUGCCCCAGUGGUGUAAGGUGUGAUAUCAUUUCCUUCCAAUUGCAGCAGCCCCAUCGGCCUUGCUGCUGCUGCUCCUGCUGCUGCCAGUCUGAAUGAGCAGUAAUACCGAGUUCGGGUGACGGUGAAAAUAUUUGAAAAAUACAAAGUGAAAAGAAGGCCGUGCAAAAGCAAGAAAAAAGUUACUGCGCCUACUACGCGAGUGUUGGCAGUGCGAAAGAAUAUUUCUGCACGGGAGUGUCUCGGGUCGGGCCUUAGCGUUCGCGAACAGAAAACAGUGCAUGGAUAUUGUUUGGUGGCCCUUCCCAUUGAUAAACGGCCCACUUUAGAACCUACGUAGAACGUAGAGCGAAUAUCUCGCUUGCUGUUAUCACUUACCGCCGCCGCCACCACCACCACCACCACCAGCACCAUGAACGCAUCCGACCCGUUUGUGAUAACCUCCCGCGAGAGGCUCAAGUACGAGGACCAGUUCAAGUCGCUUCAACCGGUCGAUGGUGUCGUGACGGGUGGGCAGGCUAAAGGAUUCUUCCUUCAGAGCCAACUGCCCCCGCAAAUACUCGGCCAGAUAUGGGCUCUUGCCGAUACGGAUGCCGACGGUCGAAUGACGCUCGGUGAAUUCAGCAUCGCCUGCAAGCUGAUCAAUCUAAAGUUGCGUGGAUUUGAAGUUCCCAAGGCACUUCCGCCAACACUUAUCGCUUCGCUUACUGCCGUCGGUGGAACACCCAUACUCACCCCCACUUCCGGUUUGAGCCCGCUCGAUCCGCUGAAAUCAUUGUCCGGUACGAUUGCGGCCGUACCACAAGUAGUUCCACAAGCACAGCCUCAGAUGAUGGCUCCACUUGCUGCCGGGAUCGUUCCGCACGCUGUAGUGCCUCCGCUGAUGAACAAUCAAAUGGUUGCCUCCCAGGUCCCGAUGAUGGCGCCACCUAAGCCGGCCCUUCCACCACAACCCCUGAUCGGUGCCACCGCCCAGGCUCCGCUCAUUGCGAUGGGUCAACCGCUGAUUCCAGGCGUUCCGACGCUUCCGGGUAUGGCGCCUGCUCCAGCUGUAAUGCAACAACCGUUGAUCGGUGGUCUGGUAGGGACCGCCCCAACUAUUCCACCAACAGCAGCCGUAAAGCCGUUGAUUGAUCCACUGGGAAGUGUGGGUGCAGUGCCACUGGUGGGUGGUGUAUCAUCACAGGUCGUUCCAGCACCGCCGACACCACCGCAUUCUGGUGGCGGAACUCCAGCGCGCUCGAUGUCAAUCUCGGAACGGGCUCCGUCUAUUGAAUCUCCAGGCCAAAUCGAGUGGGCAAUAAAGGGUCCAGCUAAGCUGAAAUACACCCAACUGUUCAAUACGACUGAUCGUAACCGAAGCGGAUUCCUGACCGGGCCGCAAGCACGCAACAUUAUGGUGCAAACCAAACUUCCACAGGCGAUGUUGGCCCAAAUUUGGGCUCUCGCUGAUAUGGACACCGAUGGACGGCUCGGUUGCGAAGAGUUUGUACUGGCGAUGUAUUUGUGUGACAUGGCCGCUGCUGGCGAGAAGGUUCCUACCACACUGCCACCCGAUCUUGUGCCACCUUCUUUCCGGAAGGCUUCGUCACGUCACGGUUCUGUGGUAGGUUCUCGCCAUGGUUCCGUUUCGUCGCAGGGAGCACCGGUACAUGCCCCCGUUGAGCUUGAUCCUCUGUCUGGCUUACCACAAACUUCGUUCGAAGAUAAACGUAAGGAAAACUUCGACAAAGGCCAAGCGGAACUCGAGCGGCGACGAAAAGCAUUGAUGGAUAUACAAAAGAAGGAACAGGAGGAACGUGAACGCAAAGAGCGUGAAGAACAGGAAAAAAUCCGUAAAGCUAAGCUCGAGGCUGAAAUGAAGAAGCAGCAAGAGCUGGAAAAAGAACUGCAGCGCCAACGCGAACUCGAACAGGAACGAGAGGAACAACGCAAGCGUGAACUCGAAAAGAAGGAACUUGCUCGAAAGGAGCUGGAGAAGCAACGUCAGCUCGAAUGGGAAACCCAAAAGAUAGCCGAAAUGCAACAGCACAGGCAGCGUGAACAGGAAAACGUGCUCAAACUAAAAGCGCAAAAUCAAUCGUUGAGCGUCGAGCUGAGCACGUUCAACGAACGCAUCAAGGAGCUGUCGCAAAAGAUCUGCGACACGCGCGUCGGUGUCACUAAUGUUAAAACCACAAUCGACGGCAUGCGUACCACCCGUGACACACAGAUGGCGGAAAUGACGCAGCUAAAGGCGAAGGUAAAAGAACAGAACCAGCGGCUGGUACAGUUGAGCCAGGAGAAGGCGAAGCUAGAUGCGAAGAGUAAAUCGGGUGAAACAGAAAGCCAGCUACAAUUCACCAACAAACAGAUCGUUAUACAGCAGCUGAAGGACAAGCUAGAAAACACCAAGCAACAGAUCGAGAACAAAUCGACAGAUAUUAAUCUGAACAGUGAUCAGCUAAUCGAGCUGAAAUCACAAUUGACCGAUUUGAUCGAUGCAUGCGAGAAACUUUACGGCGAAUAUGACAUGCAAAGAAUUCAGAUAUUGGAGAUGAAAAAUAAUCGCAAAAACGAGUCGUACACCAGCGCCUGGGAUACGUCCAACUCUUGGGCCACUUCGGAUACCGCAACGCAUGCGGCGGUCAGCAAUGAACCCGUACCAGCGGCCACAAGGUCUGGCGAUGAUGUCCAAACGCCACCGGGAUACAUGAAGUAUAGGGCAAUCUACGAGUUUAAUGCGCGGAAUAACGACGAGAUAUCAUUCCAACCUGGUGAUAUUGUGAUGGUACCGCUGGAACAGAAUGCAGAACCUGGAUGGUUGGCAGGUGAAAUCAAUGGUCACACUGGUUGGUUCCCGGAAUCAUUUGUAGAAAAGGUAGACAGCAACCUGAACGUAGUUGAAGCGGUUCCAGAAACGAUAGCCUAUAGUGAACCGGUAGCUGAAUACACGGCCGCACCAGUUGAAGAUUACCAACCACCAGCGAACGAUAAUACAGAGGCUACUUGUAACGGUGAUGUUGAAUAUUAUGUUGCGUGUUAUGCCUACCAAUCGGCAGAAGCAGGUGAUCUUGUGUUCGAUGCAGGUGAAACGAUCGCCGUUUCAAAGAAGGAAGGAGACUGGUGGACUGGCACAAUUGGCAAUCGGACCGGUAUUUUCCCAUCGAACUACGUGCAAAAACAGGAAGGCGAGGUGAUGAAUGGCAACCAAGCCACAUAUAAUGAGCAACCAGCACACCAGGAACAGGAACAGCACCAGUCACAAGCGCAAUCGUACGAACAGGAAACAAAACGCAAGCAAUCAACGACCGCUGCCGGUAGUAAUACUCAGGAUGCAGAGGAUGCACGAAAUCAGGCUGAGCUAGAUUCGGAAGUGUCGCAGAUUAAUACUCAACCGCCGUCCGGUGCGGCAGCAAACGAAGAAAACAUUCGGUACUCCUCCAUGUCCAUGACAUCGGCCACACCGAGCCUUCGGCGGAAGGGCGAAGUGGCACAGGUGAUUGCACCGUACGAAGCGACCAGCUCGGAACAGCUGUCACUUCAGCGCGGACAGCUAAUAAUGAUAAGAAAAAAGACCGAUUCCGGUUGGUGGGAGGGUGAGCUACAGGCAAAGGGUCGUCGCCGGCAGAUCGGCUGGUUCCCAGCGACGUAUGUGAAAAUACUGCAGGGUGGACGAAACAGUGGCCGCAAUACGCCAGUGUCGGCGAGUAAGGUUGAGCUGACAGAAACUAUUCUCGAUAAAGUCAUCGCACUGUAUCCGUACAAAGCACUGAACGACGACGAGCUGUCCUUCGAGAAGGACGAUAUCAUUAGCGUGCUCGGCCGAGAUGAGCCGGAGUGGUGGCGCGGCGAACUGAACGGCACCACCGGUUUGUUCCCGAGCAAUUACGUCGGCCCGUUCGUGUCGUCCGGUAAGAACGGCAAAUCUCCCGCUGCUAGUUAACACAACACCGCCACAUACAAACCACACGCUCAAUGUAGUUUGUACAUCGCGUAGUUUGUUUGGACAUGGCUUUAUUUUUGUGUUUUUUUGUUUGUAAAUGUUCAGUUACGGUGGCAUUAUGUGUGUAAAUUUUUCUUUUGUCUGUAUGUUUUUUCCGUUUUUUAUCGUGUAUUUUGCCAACAAUCAUUCCCAUCGCAUUAUGUGUACGCGUUAGUGCUACGAAACGCUCGAAUCGAGUGUAAUCUACAUUUGUCCCUGAGCGGAGGAUAGUUAGUUCGAUUGUAUGUAAUCCGGAAACUGUGCAUAAGAGAUCGAUUUACGUAUAUAAGCUAAAAUGUAUAUGGCUUACUUGUUACGUACCCUGUCAAGAAAAAAAAAUGUAUAAUUUAUAUUCUUUUCAAUUCACUAUCUGUUUGAUGAGAUCUGUUCUUUGUAAUAUCUGUAUGCUGUAUGUACGCGUGUAUGACCUACUCAAAUAUCAUACCAAAUGAUAUCUUUAGUUAGGAAAAUGCCAAUCGAAAUUCGGACGGUAAAUACCGUUUGAGGUAAUUUCUUUAGUAAUCAUAUGUAAUAGCAAAUGGUUCGUUAUUUAUAUAUAUAUGUGUAUAUCUUAUCGAUAA